CUCCCAGCAGGGGGCGCUGUGGCUCAUCCCGACUAUCUGAUCAGACCACCAGCGCUUCCGUGUUGCGGUGGAUCGAGCCAACGGCCGGUGACUUCAGCAGGUUUUCAUCCGGCUCCGAGGACUUUGGUCCCGGUGACAAUCGGACCUUUUAGUCGGGUUUUUAGUGUCCAUCUUCUGGGAUGUCAUUCACCGAGAAGCCGCCUCCCGGGAGGCUGCUGCUGGACGAUACGGUGCCGCUGACGGCGGUGAUCGAAGCCAGCCAGAACCUGCAGUCGCACACGGAGUACAUCAUCCGAGUCCAGAGGGGCGUGUCUUCAGAAAACAGCUGGCAGGUGAUUCGCCGCUACAGUGACUUUGACAUCCUCAACAGCAGCUUGAUGGUGUGUGGCAUCAGCCUUCCUCUCCCUCCAAAGAAGCUGAUUGGAAAUAUGGACAGAGAGUUCAUCGCUGAGAGGCAGCGAGGGCUGCAGGCAUACCUGGACUCCAUUACCCAGCAUCCCCUGCUCUCAAAUUCUCUGACAGUCAAGAAGUUUUUAGACCCCAACAACUACUCAGCCAACUACACAGGCUGGAGGAUCAGGAAGAAGUACUUCCUGGUUAAAAACAAAGAGCUGCCCAAAGAGAAGUACCUGCUGAGCUGGGUGGAUCUGGGUCCUGAUAAGAUCUUGUCGGACAAGGACCUGCAGUCGGCGUUGAAGCUGCUGACCACCAUCUCUACACCGUCCCUCUGUCCGCUGAUGUUCUCCAGCGUGAGUGAGUCUUCUGCUCUGCUCAUCCGGCCCUUCAGCGAGAGCGGCUGCCUGAGAGAUCACAUCUGCAAGGUGAAACCCAGAGACAGUUACCUGAAGAAGUACUGUAAUCCCAAACGGAGUCAGGGCCUGGAGCUGGAGCAGAUCAAGCUGUACGGCCGGCAGAUCCUGGAGGGCCUGAAGCUCCUCCAUGACAGCGGCUUGUUCUUCGGUCACCUGCACACGUCCAACGUCGUGGUGGAAGACGACGUGUGUCGACUGCUGGAGGUGGAGAACGGCAUUCUGGGAGUUCCCUCUAUGCUGAGAGCAACGUUCAGCCAGCUGAGGAAGAUCAACACCACAGAGAGCAUCGACGUCUUCUGCUUCGGCCAUUCGCUCUACGAGAUGACGUACGGUCGACCUCCUGACGGCGUGCCCGUGGAUCAGUACCCCGCCGCCCCCCAUCCGUCCGUGGUGUCGGUUCUGGAGUCCAUCCUGUCCACGGAGGCGUGUAAGAACGGGAUGCCGUCGGUGUCGGCGCUCAUCCAGACACCGCUCUUCAGUGACGUCCGGCUCAAACAGUCAGAGAAGCUUCAGAUCAAGGUUCCCAGCAAGCUGAAGGAGGCGCUGAGGACCGCCAAGGAGAAGCUGGAGAAGCGUCUGCAGGAGGAGCAGAGGCUGCUCCACCAUCAUCGGAGGCUGACCCGGGCGCAGUCGCACCACAGCUCAGAGGAGGAGAAGAAGAGGAGGAAGAUUCUGGCGAGGAAGAAGUCCAGACAGUCAAACAUUGAGCAGAAAGAAGACAGUUCUGUUCCAAACAGCAACAACUCUGGUUCUGGAGCCAGUUCCCCUCCCACGUGCCCCUCCUCCCCCACCCCCUCAUCUACCACAGCUCCUCCUCCUCCUCCUCCUCCUGCUCCUCCCAUCCCGGAGCGCUCCCCGACUCCACCCCAGCCCCCGCCUGACGGAGCGGGGGGGGCCCGCACCGCCUUGCUGAGCUCCAUCCAGACCUUCAGCAAAGGCAAGCUCAAGAAGGCCAGCACGGCGGACCGGAGCCAACCCGUGGUCUGACCCGGCCCGCCCGCCACGAUCGCCUCCCAAUCUGUAGCCCGCCUCCCCCGUCACAGAAACACCCUCACAGACCGUCUGAAUUGUCCCGCGCGCUCACCUUUACCUGAGUUUGAACUUUUGGAUCCUGAAGCUCGUCGUCGUGUCAGAACGGCCGUCAAGAGAAUACAAAGAAUAAAAGCACCUGAAGCACCUUAGAUCCUGGAUCCUGCUGGCUGAUCCUGGAUCCCGCUGGCUUAUCCUGGAUCCUGCUGGCUUAUCCUGGAUCCUGCUGGCUGAUCCUGGAUCCCGCUGGCUGAUCCUGGAUCCCGCUGGCUUAUCCUGGAUCCCGCUGGCUGAUCCUGACAACACUGAGGUCUUUGUCGUCCAGAAUACACCGAGCUCCUCCCCCUUUGGGCUAGAAGAUCCAACAGUCUGAUCCAGCUUUGCCAAAAUAUUUGUCCUCAUUUCUCAAAGUGGAAAAUGUGUGGUUGGGGGAGGGGCUUCCUUCCACCUGCUGAAGCAACGCUCCACUGCAGGUGACGUCUCAGCUGGUCUACGCUUGUUUCCAGGACAUUUCCCAGCUUCUUCCAGUUUAAAAUGAGACCCUGGGCUCAGCCAAAGUCUGGCCCCGUGUGGCUCCGGUGCAGCUCCGGUGCAGCGUCAGCUCCCUCCUCUCCAAACGUCACAGAGGGACUUUACGAGAGACUUUAAUGUCUCUCUGAUGUGACUCUUAAAACUGAACCUCCUUUUCUUCUGCAGCACCCCCACCCCCCUCGCCAUGUCACUGUGUCCUGCCAGGGUCCCUAUGGUUUAACCCUGAGCUGUGUCUGUCAGGCACAAGAAUGCAUGUUCAGGGAACGGGACAGGCUGAAGGGGAGGAACAAAAGCGUGUCCUCUCUGCUGGAUGCUUCUGGGUUUGGAAUUCUUCAGAGAAUUAAAGAAAUUGAACAUUU